UAACCUUUCACGACUCACACAAAACCCACCAACGCCUCUCGCAGCUCGACACCAUCACUCACACAUCUCCCAAGGGUCCUUUAACCCGCCCUGUACUGACCUCUCCGGCUCUCCUUCCGUUGCGCUUAUGCGUGCUGUUCAAACAACCUUUACUUCCCAGGACUACAUCUCAGACCACCUGUGGAAGGCCUCAGUAAACUGAAAGCCUACCCAAACGAUCAACCACACUUCCACCGCUAUCGACCAACUCACACUUCGCCACCAUGUUGUCGCAAAUCAUCAAGCCUUCCGCCAUGCGGUCUGUCAAUGUCCUGGGACAAGUAACAAAGAACCGUGUCCAGGCGCGUUACCUGGCCACCGUCCAAUCCAGCACCGAACGCAAGAGUCCUUCCCCCCACCGAAAGUCCACUGAGAUCUCUACUGAGCGGGCUACCUUUACAAUCAAGAACGGCCCUAUCUUCUCAGGCAAGUCCUUCGGCGCCAAGGCGAACAUCUCUGGUGAAGCUGUCUUCACCACCUCGCUUGUUGGAUACCCGGAGUCCAUGACCGACCCCUCUUACCGUGGACAAAUCCUCGUCUUCACCCAGCCCUUGAUUGGCAACUACGGCGUGCCCUCAUCUGCCCGUGACGAGCACGGUCUGCUUCGAUACUUCGAGUCCCCCUACAUCCAGGCCUCUGGUAUCGUUGUUCAGGACUACGCUCUCAAGCACAGCCACUGGACCGCCGUUGAGUCCCUUUCUCAGUGGUGCGCUCGUGAGGGUGUCCCCGCUAUUUCGGGUGUCGACACCCGUGAGGUCGUCACCUACCUCCGUGAGCAGGGUUCUUCCCUCGCUCGCAUCACUAUCGGCGAGGAGUACGAUGCCGAUGAGGACGAGGCCUUCAUUGACCCUGAGGCGAUCAACCUGGUCCGCCGUGUUUCGACCAAGGCACCUUUCCACGUGAGCUCGUCUCUCGGCGACAUGCACGUUGCUCUCAUCGACUGCGGUGUCAAGGAGAACAUCCUUCGCAGUCUCGUCUCUCGCGGAGCUAGCGUCACCUGCUUCCCUUACGACUACCCCAUCCAGAAGGUCGCCCAUCACUUCGACGGUGUCUUCAUUUCCAACGGCCCCGGCGACCCAACUCACUGCACACAGACUGUGUACAACCUCCGCAAGCUGUUCGAGACGUCGCAGGUUCCCGUCAUGGGUAUCUGCAUGGGUCAUCAGUUGAUCGCCCUCGCUGCCGGUGCUAAGACCAUCAAGCUCAAGUACGGCAACCGUGCUCACAACAUCCCGGCUCUCGACUUGAGCACCGGCAGGUGCCACAUCACCUCGCAGAACCACGGUUACGCCGUCGACCCCACCACUCUCAGCAGCGAGUGGAGGGAGUACUUCACCAACCUCAACGACCAGUCUAACGAGGGCCUGAUCCACAACUCUCGCCCCAUCUUCAGCGCGCAGUUCCACCCCGAAGCCAAGGGUGGCCCUCUUGACUCGGCCUACCUGUUCGACAAGUACGUUGAGAACGUGCAGAAGUACAAGGACCUCCAGUCCAGCUUCUCCAACAAGAGCAAUAAGCCCAGCGCUGUCCUUGUCGACCUCCUCAGCAAGGAGCGCGUCGGUGUCCACCCCGACCAGCCCGAUUUCGACGUGGGCUCCCAGGCGCCGUCGGUCGUUGUUGGCGGUGCUGUGCCUUCGUACCAACCCAUCUCCACUGCUGCUUAAGUACGCUUGAGGAUGCUUGAGUAGGGGAUUGUUUGGUGGCACGAGGGAUGGGGUCUGGUCGUUUUUGGAGUUUUGACGCGGGAUAUCUGCGGGGAGUUUUGUUUUUAUGCUACUGGGAUCUAGCAAGGGGUGGACAAAUUGAGCUGUAGCCUCUGAUAUUUUGUAUAUGAAUCAAUACAAUCAACCACUUAAGACCAAAAA